GGAAGGUGUGUUUAGUUGGAGUGGGGUUUCGGGAGCGCUGCAUCGUCUCACUCUCACGGGCGCGUUGCCUCGCCUUUUGUUUGAUCCAACUCGUGUAUUUAACCCCGUUUCCUCUCAUUUUCCGCGGAUACUCGUUUGAAGGAAAAAACCGUUUAUGGUCCUGGCUGAAGAUUUCACGAUGUCUCGCACCGACGAGGUUCACCGCUUGACGGAAAAUGUCUAUAAGACCAUCAUGGAGCAGUUCAACCCCUGCUUACGGAACUUCGUUGCCAUGGGGAAGAACUAUGAGAAGGCCCUUGCCAAUGUGACAUUUGCUGCCAAAGGCUACUUUGAUGCACUGGUUAGAAUGGGUGAACUGGCCAGUGAGAGUCAAGGAUCCAAAGAUUUGGGGGAUGUGCUGUUCCAGAUGGCCGAGGUCCACAGACAGAUCCAAGUGCAGCUAGAGGAGAUGUUGAAAUCCUUCCACAACGAGCUGCUCUCGGAGCUGGAGAAGAAGGUGGAUCUGGAUGCUCGUUAUCUGACUGCUGCCCUGAAGAAAUACCAGAUGGAACACAAGAGCAAAGGGGAGAGUCUGGAGAAGUGCCAGGCUGAACUGAAGAAGCUGCGCAGGAAGAGCCAGGGCAGCAAGAACCCCUCCAAGUACGGGGAGAAGGAAAUGCAGUUUGUGGAGACCAUCAGCAGUAAGCAGACUGAGCUGGACACUUUUAUUGCAGAGGGUUACAAGACAGCCUUGUCUGAGGAGCGUCGCAGGUACUGCUUCCUGGUGGACCGCCAAUGUGCCGUGGCCAAGAACAACAGCGCCUAUCACGGCAAGGGUAAAGACCUUCUGACCCAGAAGAUCCCAGUGUGGCAACAGGCUUGCUCAGACCCUAACAAGCUGCCAGAGAGGGCCAUGCUCUUGGCCCAGCAGAUGGGCUCUGCCGCCCUCGGGGGCACGAGCCCCCUGCAUACCUCCAAAUCCAACUUGGUCAUCUCAGACCCUAUCCCCGGGGCCCAGCCUCUUCCUGUGCCCCCAGAGCUGGCUGUUUUCAUGGGCAGUGGCAUGGGACACCCAGCAAGGCUGAUGGGCCCCGAUGGUAUGUCCAUGGUAAAUGGGACAACAGGAGUCCACGGGGAGGAAUAUUGGACGGAUGGAGGGACUUUAUCCGUGUCCCAAGUCAGGCCUUCAUCCCCUCAGACCCAGGCGCAGGGCCAGUCCCAGGCUCAGCCCCAGAGACAGGUCAGCGAUGUCUACUCCAACACUCUCCCUGUCCGCAGGCCUGCCCCCGCCAAGAAUAAGAACCCCGUGGGAGAGACACGAACCCUGCCCAGGUCCAGUUCCAUGGCGGCAGGCCUCGAAAAGAAUGGGCGCUCCCGUGUCCAAGCCAUCUUCUCCCACGCUGCGGGCGACAACAGCACCCUGCUCAGCUUCUCCGAGGGAGAUGUAAUCACCCUGCUAGUGCCCGAGGCCCGCGACGGCUGGCACUAUGGGGAGAAUGAGAAGAACAAGAUGCGUGGCUGGUUCCCGUUCUCCUACACACGUGUGCUGCCUGAAAGCGACAGCGACAAGCUCAAAGUGAACUUGCAUCAUGGGAAAAGUAGCAGCACAGGGAACUUGUUGGAGAGUGAUGCAUCACUGCCCACACCUGACUAUGGCCUGACUGCCCGACUGCUGGCACAGAGCCUAGCACAGACCCGCCCACGUCCCUACAGCAUGGCAGGCUUUGGCACACAGCCUGCUAUUGAGGAUUAUGACGGCCGCUUUGCCACAAGUAGCGGUUGGUGGGUGGAGGAUUGCAUUGAGCGAGAGAGCCAGAGCGGGGCCUACCUGCUCGGCAUGCAGCGAUAUGGACUCUGAAUACUCUAUCUCUGAUCACAGUCCACCAUCACGGACUGAUCUCUCAAGAGACUGCCUUUGCUACUGCUUGUCUUUUCAUGCAUGUACAUGGUUGUGUCAUUUUGUCAAACUGAAGGACAUGUUCAUGUACUGUACAAGUGCCAAAAGACUUCAAUGUCGUCGUACUAAAAGCCACCGGCUGAAUGGCCUUUUUAAGCACACGUGGGCCCAGUAUUACCGAGUUCCCACCCAACACACACAUGCUCAAAAAAAAAAAAAAGCUUUGUUCCAAGUAAGGCUGUGCAGCAGAUUACUAUGUUUCUGUUCUGAGAGAUCCCGUAGGUCGCGCUGUGCUUCCUUGUGUCAGUGCUAUAGACUUGAUUUCCCGUCCAGAGGGUGUGUGUCAUAUUUGCCUUACUUUGCUUCUUUUGUUUUUUCUAUUAAACACUUUAUGUGCAAUGGAGCAAAUUUUCAAAUUGAGCUUCAAGAAUAUACAGUAUAUAUAUAUCUAUACAUAUAUAUAAAUUGUUUCCGUCAGUCCACCAGAUUGCACUGUAUCAUGAUCAUUGCAAAAAAAAAAACAUUUACAAUUAAACUUUCCACCAUCAGCCCCACAGAAACUUGUCUUUUUGCCGCCAGAAUUGUCGCUAAAAAUGGGGAAAAAAAGUCCGAUUACCUUCAGUUUGAUCUUAUUUCUGAAGCUACAGUGAGUUUGAAAGGGGGUCUUUGAUCAUCUGUCGAGUAUCCUCAAUUAACGGCUGUGAAUUAGUUUUUAGGUUGAAUGACAAACCACAGCUUUUGCAGCUCUCAGUGUUAUUUAUGAUUGUAUUCCCUGAGUGGCUAUGUAGUUUUUUGGUCUUUUCUUUUAAAAAAAAAAAACAAAAAACAUUAUUGUCCUUGUAAAAACAAACAAACCAACAAAAAAAAAAGAUUUCAAGAAACAUUGAGAAACUACUGAUUAGUUGAAGUGUUUAUCUUAUGCAUGCUGUGGAGGGAAACCAGAAAAUGUGAUACUACAAAUUGACCUUGAAUGUAUGGUGACUUUUUACAAAGGUAUUCUAAAUAAAACAUAUCUCUAUAUAUUAAUAAACAGUCUGGUCUGACGAGAAAUCUUUUCUGUCACUGUCGAUGGCGUUUUCAGUUUUGUUGAACCUUUUCUUUUUUGUGUCUUAAAUGUUUCAGUUAAUUCCUAUUUUUAAAAACCUGCCACCCUGAUGUGAAUCAUUUCAGGCCACAGCUGCGUCCCAAGCAUGCAGUUUCAUCCUAACCCCUCCCCCAGGAACACCCAUAGCAUCCGUGGUGCUCUCUGUGUCACUUAAAAAAGACUGUGUGUAUGUGGUGUGUGUAUUGUGAGUGUCUGAACUUUGCCUGCUUAUCUUUUGGUUGUAUGUCAUGUAUUUUUGGCUUGUGUUUGAGUUGUAUUUGGGUGAUAGACAGCCUGUUGAUUGCAUUGCACUUGCAGUAAUGUCCAAGGCAAGCUGCAGUUUAGCAGCAUACAGUAAUACAGCAUGUUGAGCAUGAAGUGUGUACUUUUGUUUCCCAUCCCUCAUUUCAGUUACGGUUAACAUUAUUAUCAACCCUAUGGUACGUUCAUCUUGCACCAGACUAACCAGCAGUGUCGUUACAAAAUGUCAGCCAUGCAUGAUCUGAGAGAUGAGUCAUUCAAACCCAAAGGUUCUCUUUACCUUCCAGUUUGGGUCCAGAAUUGUCCCGGUUCUGAGGGAACAGGACCUCCGUAAGUCACCAGCCUCCAUUGCCCUUUCAGCCAAUCACUUUUUUUUUUUUUACCCUCUCUCUAUUACUGCCUGGUUCUCUCUCUCUUUCUCUCUCUCUCUGCUGUCAUUGGCUGUCUGGCUGCAGUAGGAAGCUGGGAAUCACUGGUCUUUUCUGUCCUCUGGCCCUUGUGGACGUGGCAGCGUUUGGUUCUGUCAGUCCAGAAGGCUUUGGGUUGUAAAAGAAUUCCUUUAUUUAUUUAUUUUUUUUUUAAUGUGUGUAUGACAGUAUCAAACAGAGAAGACUAACCCUGCACGCAUGCCUAAUGCAAGCUGUUUUUGUUCCUUUUGUUUCCACCAUGUUUUACUUGAGUUUUCUCAUUACAUGCUUGCUACAACUCACACUAGAUACUCACUGUAAGAAAAAAAAAAAAAGCUACGGGAAGGCAGAUUUCUUUGGGUGUGGUUACAUAGCUGACCAUGUAGCUCUGUCUAAGCUUUGUCAUGUGUUCAACCUAACUGUCACUGUUCCUUGUCUCACCCUUCCUCUCCCCACAGUGACCGUACCCUGGAGGUCUACCUCCGGCCCACCUUCACUGAUGACCGAUCUGCACCCAUCUUCUACUAGCGGCCUGCUGCCCCCCCCCCCCCCCCCCAUUUUGUCCACUAAUGGGCCCGUUUUUUAAAGGGGAUAGAGAGCGUUUGAGUUGUGUGAUGUUAUCACAGGAGGGGCCCUGUAGUGUGUUACACUGCUAAUUUAGGUUCUUUGCCGUGGAAAUUCACCCGCAGAAUUUCCAGUUAAUCCUUGUGAUUUUUUUUUUUUUUUUUUUUUAAUCUCAAACGCUUCCACAAACAUUGAAUGUCUCAGCCUGAACAUUCAAUCGCAAGUGUGAGAGUAGAUUUUAUUAGUUAUUUAGAAUCGCUCCAGUUGUGGAUAAGGUAUGGCUAAUAGGUUUUUAUUAGUAAUGCAGUCACAUUAUUAUUUAUCUGCACUUCUACUAUGGGAUGUUUUUUUUGUUCCUCAACACUAUACACUGUAAAUUUCAUUUGAGGAUUAUUUGCAUUAACGAGCAGUGAAGGCACACUCUGCAUUAGUUCUUUAAACAAGGCUUGAGGGGGAUUAAGAUUGUCUAACAGUUUUCAGUGCAUCACUGUAAUACGCACAUUGAAGUGUUGAUCAGAUAUCAGAUAGCUAGAACUGGACAGCUGGUGAGUAAAGUACGAUUCUGCUUAAAGUAUGAUUCUGCUUAAAGUAUGAUUCUGCUUUUUGUUAAGUGAUACAGUAUAGCACUAUAUAUUUGCUAGUUGUGAUACAGUAUGCCCAUAUUUUCAAUGUGGGAACUGUGCCUUCUACUUUUUUUUAACCAUAUGCUUCAUGCGGCAUUGACCCAAUCAUUCUGUAAACUGGUUUGAGGGCAUAAGCAUCACAGUUCAACUUGUAUUUUUUAUACUCCUGAAAACAUAAGUGGGAUUAUUUCCCUUUUUGUUUUGUUUGCUUGUAAUGUCAGAAUUUUUUUUUUGUUUUGUUGAUUUUUUUUCUUUUUUUUUUUUUUUUUGCUUUGCAAGCUCCAGUACAGUGCAUUUAUCCAAACUGGUACAAGAAUAUUUUCGCUGUUCUUUCCUUCUCUUUAAAUUUCAGUAAUAUCUAAGCUGCCAGAUAGCCAAGAGAUGAAAUACAGUGCAUACAUAAAGGGUCUUUUUAAAAUAUAUAUAUAUAUCUUUAGCUUUGAGGGAGUGGUAGCUUAUCAGAUAAUGUACAGUAUUAUCAUAGCUUUUGAUCAUUCUCAGUAUUAUACACUCAUCGGGGAGAAGAGCUUAGAGCGGAGGCGUUUAUCUACGGUAUGAUGUGUGGGAACUGAAGUGGAACUGCAUGUGAUGAAAAAGCAAUGACGUGUACGGUUGUGUGAAUGAGCUAAAAUGCCUCUUCGACUGCGAGAAAUCAUCGUGAUAAGUCAAUUUUUCCAUGGAUGAGUCCUUUACACUGAGUAACAUGAUCAGGCUUUUAUUACACAGCUCAUUUGGGCAGCGAGUUUCAAAUGCUUUUUUUUUUUUUUUUUACUUUUAUAUAGCUUUCAUUGUGUCCAUUUCUCACUCUUGUCCCUGUUUGUAUUAUAUCUGUACUGUACAGAAAGUGCAUAUAAAUUAUCUUGUCCAAUAAAUCUAAAUGGGCAGAAACGUCA